CGUGAGAAUGCACAAAUGUAAAGAGAUACGAAAUUAUAAGAAGGUGGUAAAUAUCGGCAUCGAAUUACAUACUGCGUCCGAUCCGGUCUAGCGUAAAAAAUGAAGUCCGUAACUGUUCUCGGCAUGAUCGUCUUUAUUAUUUACGUAAGAGGCGAGACCGAAUGCGAAAAACAUCGAAAGAGAGAACAGAGCCACGAGGCUAUAGGCUGGGUGAUCCCGGAAUGCGACGAAAACGGCGAUUACGAAGGACUUCAGUGUCAUAAAGAUGGCUCUUUUUGUCAAUGUUGGAACAAAAAAGGCAUUCCGCUGACCGCGCCCUCCAAAAAAAUCAAAGCUUGCGAAUGUCCCAGAGACAAAGCUUCAGCCGAAAAAGACGUUCUAUUAGGCUCUUACGUCCCUCAGUGUAAAGAAGACGGCACGUACGAACGAAGGCAAUGUUGGGCCAGCGCGGCAACUUGUUGGUGCGUGGAUAAACGCGGCAACGAAGUUUCGGAGCCCAGCACCGACGAAAUCGAAUGCGACGAAGAGUGGCUUUAAUAAAGAAUUUUAAAAAGACGUUUAUCUAAAUCACACAAAAUAAGUCGAGCUACGCUAAUUAAUUAUACAGAUAUUACGUCGUUUCCAUCGCUCUUACGGUACUUUUACCGUUAUUUCGCGCGCCCUACCACAUACUAUAAUUUCGGAAAGCGUCAUACCCCGAAAUAAUCGUUAAUUAUCGAAAAGGUCCAAUUAGCCACCGUAUCGCCUUCUGGUCGAUAUUUCGCCUCUUAAAUUUUUCCAAGGUUUUAUUUACAUUGGCGAUUAGAAGGCGCGUCGCUUUUUAUACUUUUAGACGGAUCGAUACUCGUCAAAUAAACGUUCGGUCGAAAUUCCAUCGCGCUUCUACUUAUACAAAAUACAGGUAGACUAUAGUAAUACACUCGAUUACCGAGUAGUUUCCGGAAUAAAAUUUUAAACGGUAGCGAAAGUUUACAAAAACUAAGGUACGCCAAAUAAAUAAGAUAUAUAAAGAAACGAAUGUGUCCCCUAAUACUUUUGUUAAUCUAUAUAUUAGUGUUGUAACGAAUAGUAUAUUCG